AUGUCCGAUUAUUAGAUUAAAUAUUAAGAAAUCAAAGGAAGCCUAGCCCUUCUUUUGUAAUAAAAUAAUUCGCUCAAGUAAUAACUUAAAGAAGCGAACGAAGAAAUCUUAGAAAAAUAAUAAUUAAAGGAAGAAUGGGCAUAAGAAGUCUAAAGAGUUUAAGAUACUAUAUAUUAACUAUCUUAUGAUAAUCAAAGUACUAUUGAAUUCUAACCUAGAUUUAUAGGAUGAAAAUUAGUAGUUAAAUAAAGAUUGUUAAGAGUUUUCUAAUCUGAUUGAAUAAUAAAUUGAAUAGAUUACAACACUCAAAUAAUAAAAUGAAAAACUAAUAACAUAAUUGGAUUAAAGUAGAUAAUCGAAUCUGAAUAAAGAAAUCACAAUAAAAUAAUAAAAAGAAGAAUUUAAUAAAUAAUUAGAAUAAUAGCAAUCACUACAUUUUGAAGAAAUAAAAAAAUUACAAGGAAUUAUUGAUAAUUAAAGUGGAUUAAUAUCAUCAUAUGAGAAAUUGAAUGAAAUUGAAAAACUUGACACUUAGAAUUCAUUCUAUUAACAGUAAAUGGCAGUUGAAGAUUAAUUGAUGGAAUUAAAAAAUAAAAACGUCAUUUUAACAAAUAAAAUUAAUGAAGAGAAGUAGAAAUAUGAUUAAUUAUUUGAAUAACACAAAGAUGAAGUUUUGAAAUUAUAAGGUGUGAUAAAAGAUUAGAAAGAACUACUUUCUCAAUAUGAAAGAAUAAUAGAACGUGAUAAAAAGUAAAAUCAACCAUAAACUUAUGUUUAAAAUAAUUCACCAUAAAUCCCAUAGUUUAUCACAAAUUAAAUGGUAACCCCAUAAUAAUAAUAACAAUAAUAAAAUUUACCAUAACCUUAAUAGUUAUUUUAAUAACCUUAAUAAUAAUAUUAAUAAUAAUAAUAAUAAGUUUAUACCUCUCCAUUAUAAUAUGAAAAAUAUAUACAACCAUCUUUGACUGUUUAAACCUAACCUUCAAAUCCAUAACCUAUAUUUUCUUAACCUGCAUAUUCAUAACCAAUGUACACUUAACCUAUGAAUUCAAACAUAAUUUAUACACAACCUGUUUCACAUAGAUAACCAAAAACAUUUUUUACAAAUAAUAAAAUAAAUCAUUAACUAUAAUAGUAAUAAUUAAAGGAAUCAAAAUAUUAGAGAGAUUAUCCUUUUGAAAAAAAAAGUUUUCAUUUAGAUGAAGGUGAUGAUUAUUAAAGAUCAGGUCUGGAAUUUCAAGAAUAAUUUUUAUUUAAAUUUUAAAACGUUAUUGGAAGAAUGGAAGAUAAACUACAAUAAAUGUAGAGUGAACUUAAUAUUUCAGAUGUGUCUGAUAAACCAAGAAAAUUAAAAUGA